CACCAACUUCCACACACAAUAUAAAGUUCACAAGAACUCUAGAUUAACACUCAUUUUCACGUUUUCAAAAGAAACGAAAAACUUUUAAAUUUGUAACAAAGUCUAUUCACCCCCUCUAGACUUUGUAUCUCACCACUUUGGGACCACCAAUUGGUAUCAGAGCCAACUUCUCACUAUCUACAUUUAGAUUAAAGAGAAGCGAUCAUAAUGGUGAACAAUAUGGAUCACGGUUUGCCCAAGUUCUCUCUUCUAGGUUAUGAUGAUUGGAAGAUCAUGAUGGAAGCACACCUCUAUACUCUACAUGAUUGCAUUUGGAUGAAGCACAAUCUGGAUAACGUCUCCAAAGUAGCCAUCUUCAAGACACUUGAUCUCAUCACCUUCUCCAAGAUCAAGCAUCUCAAGACUGCCAUGGACAUAUGGCAAGGUCUUGGAAAGCUGUGUGAGGGAUCAGAGGACCUGAGAAAGCAGAAGAUAGAGUGGUACACCAAAGCCACAGCUAUGGAAGAAGGAAGAAAUCUGGAGAACUACACAGUCCAAGGUCUUCUAGAUGAGCUCAGAACCUAUGAGCACAAGCUGAAGAAGAAGAAGGAAGAACAAGUCACUGCUUUUCCCACGGUAUUGAUGACAACUCCCAGAGUCCCAGCAAGCGAAGGGACAUGCCCAAGGAGCUGUGACACCCCUUCAUCCAGCCAGCCACCAAGCUCAAAAAUGGAGAAUUACGAUGAGGAGUUUGCCAUGAUGGUCAAACAAUUCUGGAAGUUCAAGAAGUUCUUCAAGAAAGCUGACUCAGAAGGCCAUCCAAGGGAAAGCCACAGAGAAAGAGAAAGAAACGACAAGAAGAAAAAGGCAAUGGUGGCAGCUGAAAGUGACGAGUCAUCCAGUUCAAGCUCGGAUGAAGAAGCCCUUGUCUGCAUGGAGUGCAAAGCUGAGAAGUCCAACCAUGAGGACCGGUGGACCAUGUCAAAAGAUGACACUCUCUACCUAAUGGCCAAGGAUGAUGCUGAUCAAGAGGUAACUUCACAAACCUCUUGUUCAUCUUCUUUUGAAAGCAUACCAACUUCUGAAAGUCUUUUUGACAAGUUCAAAAAGAUGAUGGAAGAUUUUGAGAAAAUAAAUCUUAAACACUCAUCCUUAACAGAGGAAAACAAGCUAUUGAGUGGAGAGAAUCUCAAGUUGACUGAAGGUCGGAAAGGUCAACUAAGUGAGAUUACUCAACUCAAGGCUGAGAAUGAAUCUCUUUCUGAAAAGGUGAAAUCCCUCAACAAGGAGCUAGGCAUACUGAAGUCCAAAGAAGCAGUGGAUAAGCUUCUUGAAACGACCAAACAUAAGGGCCGUGAAGGACUUGGGUUUGACCCCUCCAGUUCCAAAAGAAAAGGGAGAACAACUUUUAUCCCUCCUAAACCUAGUGCCAAACCCAAUAAGCAGAAAGGUAAGGAGAAGGAGAAACCAACAGAAGUUCCCAAAAAGAAUAACGAUAAACAGUUGGCCAUCAGGGCACAACUCCAACAUGACAAGCCAUUAAAGCAUGAUCAUGAGGUUCUAGAUCUCUCACACAAAGAUGAAGAAAUCAAUGAAGGAGAUAGAAUGAAGCCUACGAAGUUCAUUCCAUUCGGAAGUCUACCACUGAAGACUUCACAGAGAAAUCCGGAUUCAGACGGUGCUGAGCCUACCGGAAAUCAUGACCAGCCUUCCAAUAUACCAAAUCACUCACAUGGGGACAAUUCCGGAAAUGGCGAUCCAGUGCCAAUCCAUCCAGAUGCGGAUUUGGGCUAGCACACAUGCCUUCCUUCAUGGGAAAACGAACGGAAGCCAUCAGAAUGGGCCUUGUUGUUUUCGCACCAAAAAGUGUUCUAAUACUUAAAAUAAUUUUCUAUUAAAAAAUAGCUUUUUAUUUCUAAUCUUGGCCAAUUUUAACUAUUUAUGAUCAUUAAAAUCUUGCCUCUCAUCAUAUGCUUCACACUAAGUGUGAGGAAGAUUGUCAUGCUUUGAUUUUUCUACUCGCAUCCCGCAUUUGGACCUCGAGGACGAGGUCCAGCUUAAGUGUGAGGAGGUAGAAUAUCAGGUAUGAUUAUAUUCUAAAAAAUUAUUUUCUUGAUCAAUAAUCAGUUAAUGAAUUAGUUUUCAAUUA